GGUUUCUUAGCGACUCGGAGAAACGGCACACCUCAGAAGGAUGUUACUAUCAAGUCAGAUGCACCUGACACCUUACUGCUGGAGAAGCAUGCAGACUAUAUUGCUUCUUAUGGCUCCAAGAAGGAUGACUAUGAAUAUUGCAUGUCAGAAUAUUUGAGAAUGAGUGGUGUCUAUUGGGGUCUGACAGUAAUGGAUCUCAUGGGACACCUCCAUCGCAUGAAUAGAGAAGAAAUUCUGUCGUUUAUUAAGUCCUGUCAACAUGAAUGUGGUGGAAUAAGUGCUAGUAUUGGGCAUGACCCUCAUCUUUUGUACACUCUCAGUGCUAUUCAGAUUCUUACUCUGUAUGAUAGUGUUAAUGCCAUUGAUGUAGACAAAGUUGUGGAAUAUGUUCAGAGUCUACAGAAAGAAGAUGGCUCUUUUGCUGGAGAUACUUGGGGAGAAAUUGAUACAAGAUUCUCUUUCUGUGCUGUGGCAACUUUGGCUCUCCUGGGGAAACUUGAUGCUAUUAAUGUGGAAAAGGCAAUUGAAUUUGUUUUAUCCUGUAUGAACUUUGAUGGUGGAUUUGGUUGCAGGCCAGGUUCUGAAUCCCAUGCUGGGCAGAUCUAUUGUUGCACAGGAUUCCUGGCUAUUACUAAUCAGUUGCAUCAAGUAAAUUCGGAUUUACUUGGUUGGUGGCUUUGUGAAAGACAGUUACCAUCUGGAGGACUCAAUGGAAGGCCAGAGAAGUUACCAGAUGUGUGCUACUCGUGGUGGGUGUUGGCAUCCCUAAAGAUAAUUGGAAGGCUUCACUGGAUUGACAGAGAAAAACUGCGUGCUUUCAUUUUAGCUUGUCAAGAUGAAGAGACAGGAGGAUUUGCAGACAGACCAGGAGAUAUGGCAAGUAUUUUUCUGAUAGAUUUUGUUACCAGUAGGAGUGCCAUUUCCAGUAAAUUUCCAGAUAGGGUCCACAGAGAAGCCCUUAGGCACACGAGGUCUCAAGCUUUAUUGCUGCCCUGCACCACCUAGGCCAGAACUGAGUGGUCCUAUGGUAAAAGUGAGCAUGAUACCACAGCACCUUGGGGACAUUCAGUUCUGUGGGGCCAGGCUUUAUCCUGGGUUACCUGCACUGCUAAACAGGCACCCUUGCCAAGUGAAGUAUCUUUAUGACCCAAUUCUUUGUAUUGAGAAUAUAAUGACUAGUAAGCAGUUAUUAACAGAUACUUAAUCACAAAAUGUCAAGGUGUAAUAAAAUAACUGACAACCACAAGUUAACAGCUUUAUUUCAAAAGACAAAUCAUUCACAUAGUUUGAUAAGCUUCAGUGUUUAUUUUGUAUUGUAAUACCCUAUACAUUGCUUUAAUAGGUGGAUCCUUUUCAUACUUUAUUUGGAAUUGCUGGAUUGUCACUUUUGGGAGAAGAACAAAUCAAGCCUGUUAGUCCUGUUUUUUGCAUGCCAGAAGAAGUACUUCAGAGAAUGAAUGUUCUGCCUGAACUAGUGAGUUAGAUUUAUUCAGGAAUAUGUCUCAGUGUAGUUUCAUUGUCUUUCUUGUAUUUGAACAGUACUCAGAUUUUAAAAACUGUGCUUAUAAUUUGUAUAAAAUUGUGUUAAUUUAAAAAUUGUGUUAGUUUCAAUAAAUUAUAAUAACUCAAUUGUAAAAAUAAACACAUUGUACCUUCAGCUUUAGAUCUUGCAUCUUAGUAUGGUUUGUUUAUGCUUCAAUGUGUUCUUUACACAUGUCAUAAAGAUUGUUAACUGGUAACAGAUUAUCCCCACAUGUAAAUAUCCCCUUAUGUAUGUUUUUCUCUUUGAAUAAAGAUAACAGUUGACUCUGUA